GAGAGUAGGUACGAGUGCUCGCCGCUCAGCCUCGGCUUAGCCACCGCCUCGGAUCAGUCCACUAGCGGACUUCGCUCGUGCCGGUUGCCUCGCGCCUCUCCGACGUUUAGGCGACGAGGAAGUCUUGGUCGUGUGCGCGUGCGAGCUUCUUCCUUCACUCUUCGUAGGAUACGGCCGGCUUUUCUCGGCCGCUUCUGCUUUUGAACCGGUGCUUGCUGUUUUCGUCUGCUACCUUCCUCCUGGUAUUCCGCCGGCCACUGCCUGUGCGUGAAGUUGUGCUGCCGUGUUUCUUUCGCCGGGUGGGCGCAAGUCGUUGUUUUCUUUCACGCGGAAGAAACAGAGCCUGCGGCUAGUGCUUCGUUCUUCUUUUGCAACCAAAGGAGGCUUCGGCGGAAGCAUCGAGGAAACAAAGCGCACGGAUUCACCAACGCCGGCCCGUGUGGGAUGCCUCGCACGAGGCAGCCUCCGUCACUACGAGUGGUGAGCCAAUGAGCGCAACAACGCAGGCGGGCACCACCGGGCUGUCGUCGUCUCACUGUUAGCGGAGCGGAGUCCAUGGGCAACCCCGAUGAGGCGUCGGCGUCGUCGGGAAGCAGCCCCGCGACGGCGGUGGGCUCGCCGCCCGCGGCCGAUGCGGGAGGGCGCCACCCUCUGCAGCCCCUGCGGCCCGACGUGUUCCACAUCUCCGGCACGAGGCUCUCGUCCGAACCCGGCGAACGGCCUCUGCAGCUGCCGUCGACUCCGCCGCCGGCUCCGAAUGCGGCGGCGAGACAGGCCUCGCUCGAGAACGGCUCCCUGGCCACCGAGAGCUCGUUCACCGACCGCACCAGCAGCGACUCGACCAGCGUGCAAGAGACGGCCAGGCCGCGGGAGGAGACGUCGACGACCGGCGGCGGCCACGAUGCCUUGCGGGCCCCGGCCUCCGCGGACGACGAGAGCCGACGCGCCGCGCACGGCCUCUGGUCGCACGACCUGUUCUCCGUGUUCGCCUCGUUCUUCAGCAUCUUCGGACUCUUCAGCGUCACCAGGUUCUCUCUGCUGGUGCAUAUUUAUAAAGCGUGCUUCAUGCUGCAGUUCUUUGUGCUCUCGGCGGUGUUCGGCGUGCCCUUCCUGUACCUGCAGAUGUCUCUGGGCCAGUACUUGGGCAGCGGCAUCCUCGAGAUGUGGUACAUAUCGCCCGCUUUCAAGGGCGUGGGCCUGGCCCUGAUGAUGGUCUACAUGGUCUGCGGCGUGUACCUGGCCGUGCCUGUGUCGUGGAUUUUCUUCUACUUCCGCGACUCGUUCAUCAAAGCGAGGGACGCCUACCGGUGGUCCAUCUGCCAGGCACGGUUCGCUUCGGGAGGGUGCUACAAGAACAAUUCAUCAUCUCCAGAGUUCUUGGGCUGGACCACGGCAUCCUAUUUCCAUGGUCGGGUGCUGGAUCGGAGGGCGGUGCCACAAGCGAGCGGCAUCGGGGACCUCAAGUUCGAGUUGGCCUUCAACCUGGGCAUCGUUUGGUUGCUUGUGUUCAUCGCCCUCAGCCGGGGCCUCAAGUCUUUCGGGAAGAUCCUGGCCAUCCUGGGCAUCCUGUCUCUGUGCCUGCUGGUGUUCAUCACCAUCCGCAUGACGGAACAGUGGGGCGGUGGCAUUACGGAGCUCUUCAGGGCCGACUGGAAGGGCGUCCUCUCCGACACCAACUCAUGGGUGGUGGCAGCGCGUGAAGUCUUCAUCACGUGGGGGCUGUUCGGAGCCCUUGCGCUGCACGUGAACAGUCGCAACAAGUUUUCGAGCAACAUUACAAGGAACAUGGUCUGCGUGACGGUGCUGGUGUGCACUGUGCUCGUGCUGGUCGCAAUGCUGUUCGCCAGUGUGGCGCAUCUCUUGCGCACUCACGGCAUGAUUCUAGUCAGCUCGUCGUUCGAGGAAGAGUCAACGGUGCGGUUCCUGCAGUCGGCGAACGGAACGUGGCCCCCGAUGACUCAGUCGGUGCCGGUCAACCUGCUGGCCGGCGUGCUACUGCAGGGCCCGCGCAAGCACAACCUGCUCAGCGGCUACCAGGUGGCGCGCUUCGCCGUCGAGGUGUUUCCGGCAGCGCUGUCCGCCGAGGGAGGCCGGAGUAUCUCGCCUUUCUGGCCCAUCUGCUUCUUCGUCAUGCUCGCCUCGCUGGGCCUCGGACACCUGAUAUGCAUCUGGAAUUGCAUUGUAGAUGCUGUGGUGUACAUCCGACCAAAGUUUUUCACAAAAUGGAGGACAAUAGUCACCUUCAUCACCUGCACAGUGGGCUUUCUUCUGGGUCUCUUCUUCGCCACCGAUGCAACUUUACACAUUAUGCUGUUUUUGGAUGUGUGGCUGGGAUCACUCUGGUGGAUCGUCGCCCUGUAUUUCAUCAUGCUCAUAGUCGUGCUAUUUAUACAAGGUAAACCUUUUGGAACGGACAAGCUAGUCAAAAUGAUAGUGCAAAAGGAAAGGUCCAAGUCUCUCUACCUGCCACUGCUGACUUUUCAUUGGAAUGUUCUUCUACCAAUAGCAUUUUUGAUGCUGUCCAUCGCAUUCAUGCGAUCAGGCCACUUGGCCAUGUUCUCGCCGGAGUCACUAUCACUCUUCUACCACUACUGGUCACCUUGGGUUGGCUCGUUCUGCGUGCUCCUGCAGACACUGCCACUUCUGGGUGUCGCCCUAGUGGCUGUAGUCGAAGGCCUCAAGAUUGUGGUCUUCAGCAAGAAUCAGGUUCAGAUGCAUGAGCGCAUCGAAUCCUGGUGCUGCCCUACAUUCAUCACAACAUCUCCGGCCACAGAGACACCACCUGCAGUGCAAGAGCCUUCACAGGGUGUCUCCAACAUUGCAUUCGAAGAAGAUGUUCCGCCAAAAUACUCGCCACCCCCAUCCUACUCAACUGCCACGGCACGUAUGAUCCUUAAGGAGUUGCACAAGUGCCAACAACAACCUACGCCAACAAGCAGUGGCCGCAGUUCACUGAUGAAUCGUGAGCGCGUCGACAAGAUUCGGCUGAGCUUCUCAGACCUUCAGUUCAACCUGACUUCUCGAAGCCCAACACGGGAAGACUCAUCGGAUGCGUGAAGAAAAGGUGGCAGCCUUCUGAGGUCUUCGCUUAUACGUGAUGUGUGCCGUUAGCAACGAAAAAAAAAAAAGGCAUGUAAAAAUCAGUCGCUCUGAUCCAUGCAUGGAGCGGUGAUUGUCAAGACAUGGUGUGAAGUGCCGCUUGGACCAUCUCUAACAGGGUGUGGCUGAAUGCUGAUGACAAGCCAAUUCAGAACACAUGUAUAGCGCGAGACACACUGUGCAAGUGGCCUGUGCUGUGACCAUAUGACUUGGACAGUCAAGCGGGAGUUUGGACAGGUGCUGUGGUCCAGUUAUUGAUCUCUUCUAGGCAAGCAUAUGCUUGAAAGCACUUGAGGCGAAAUGGGAAACAAGAUUCUUUUACUAGACUAGUAGGGUCAAAUGUGGCAAACAAGCCAGUCAGGGCCUUCUGACAAUAACUUUAUUAACUCUAAAGUGAGACUGAGCCAAACAGAGGCAGAAACAAGAGAAAGAAUAGGGUGCAGUAGUUUUAUGUCAGCCUUGCCUCUAUAUGGUACUUUUCCAGCAACUCUCAUGAGUGCUGAGCCUUUUACUCAGGCAGAGUUAGUGAACCUAUGAGAAACUUGUUUGUAGAUGCUCUGACACAUUAGGCAGUUUGUGUGGGCUGCUUACAUUGCUAUUACAAUGAUGUAGGAUGCUUCAUGCUUAUAAGGCUAUGGUUCAAAGCUUGCAGUUGAAGAGCAGAAAAGCCUGCUUUGUUUUUCUUUUCACUUUGCAAGUGAUUCUUCACGACAGGGCAUUGAGCGAGCAUAUUACACAACAUUGAGGCACAUCAUAAAGAAGGAAUGAAAAGCUUAUGCAGCCGCUUUAGAUAGAAAAAAAGAAAGAAUCUAACAUCUGGUGUCACUUUUAUGGUGACUGCUGUAGCAGAUACUGCAGAAGUGCCCCAGUGACAAGUUGGCAAUGUAAUUUGCAUCCAUCAUAGAAAAACAAAAAUUAUCUGCAUCUGCAUUGUACUGUGCACUGAAAUUCACAGAUGUGAUGGCAGGUCAUAACAAAGCUUUCCACAUUGCUUAUGACAUAAGAAAUGACAAUGAAACAGCACUAAAUGCCAUGUCUUUCAUCAACAGCUAUGAAAUCAUAGGGCCAUCCAUAACCGGUGAAGUCUUGAGACCCUUUUAAUGGAUUCAGUAGGUAUUUCGCAGCUUGUUCCAGGUGAUCUGUGGGAUUCAAGGCUACAUUUAAGUGACCAGUCGAGUUACUGAUAGCAGUGGUAUCAGUGGCGUAGCUAGGUUGUCUGGCACCCGGGGCCCAUAUGUCUUCUGUCACCCCCCUCUCCGGGUGUAGCCGGCGGAAAGGGGGGUGUCUUCAGACGUAUAUGACACCCCCCCAACCCCUCACUGGCCCCUUGCACCCGGGGCCCAUGGCCCCCCGGCCCCCCCUGUUGCUACGCCACUGAGUGGUAUAUAAGCACAUUACUUGUUUUAUAACCAUAGGAGGUGAAAGUUGAGUCGGUAUAAUAUAAAGAUUUCUUUCAUCCAAAGUUUAUUCCUUUCUUAUCGACUGAUCAUGAUUGCCGAUCAUAGUUAUCAUUUAAAUGGAGUGCUCAAAGAAAAGAAAAAAAAUUGGAAUAGGAUUGUUACAUUAUCCCACCCUUGCUUUAUAUUGUGGGGACCCAGAAGCUUGUUGUUUGCUGUGCACUGCUUGACUGUUGUUGCUCUGAUCAUGGCAGAGACCCUCCGAGGCACGACUGCCAGUUUUUCUUUCAAGAACCUUGUGUGUCAAUUUAAGUGUUCUACAUAUUCACGAGUCAUUCUCAUUGAAUAUUGGUCAUCAUACUGUUGCAGCCCUUUUAAUGAUGGUUGAGGUCAAUGCCAUUGAAGGUUUAACCAAAACUUAAGUUACAAGUGUAUGAAUUGCACUCCUUGUUUCCCCACUCACUACAGUUAGGAAAACAUGACUGGCGUUGCCUAUUAGUGACUUCCAAAAUUUGUCUUUUACACAAGAAAUAGUAUCCUCGCAGUGGUGAUCUAAAGAUGCCAUGUGGAUACACUGCAAAGAUUCCACACUGAAGGAAGUCUCACUCUCACGGCAUGCAGCAAGGUUUGGUCAUCUUUGGCAGCUUAGAUGGUAUUAAACUGCAGGGAUAAACUCUGAUGAGAAAUUGAAAGAGAAGGAAUGUACAGCUUCAAGCAUGCGUAUUUGUUUUCGACCACUUAAAACAUGUCCAUCACUUCUGGGCGGCUUUGUUUUCCCAGUGACAGCAGGUGCCCUUUGCACCCAAAAAAGAAGCACUGUUGGCAGCAGUCGUAAGCCAUAAAACUACAAUACUACACUAAUUUCUGAGCGGCAGACCACACAGGUUGGCUUUCCACCUUCUUUUGAGCACAUACAUCACUCAAUGUUGGCUUCAUUUACAACAUAGGACCUAUAGUGCUUCUUUCAAAGAUAUUUGUAUGUUUGUGACUGUGAAAAAAAAGCUCUUUGUUAGUACGUGUUUCCUAUAGACUAGUUUUUACAUAGAUAAAUGCUGCAUAUAGUGCAAAAGACUGCUAGUAAGACUAACUCUUGUUAAAAUUACUUCUCUGUAAACUGAACAGCUUCAGGAUGUUCAUUAGGUUCCCCAUACAGUCACUGAUCCUCUUUUAAGGUUAAAUGAUUUUCCAAGUCCCUUGAUGUUUGCCUCAAGGGGAGCUUACCAUUCAGCUGCAGCAAACCAGAUAACAAGUAUACACAUUUGUUAGUUUGUUUGUUUCAGUCAUACACAGUGUGUAGCUUGUUGUCACUUCACUGCAAAGGCUAGGCAGGCACAGUGUUCGAAUGUGUGCUUGUGUGUCUUUAUUUGAAUCUGUUACAUAUACCGUAUACAACAGCCUUGCUCCUUGCACAUAGAGGAGGAUGUGAUAUUUGAAGUUGUGCGAAUAGGACUAACAUUAGAAAUGUGUAAUGAAGGGCCCACUGUGCUCGAGGACCAGUUAUACCUUUGCAAGUUCCUGCCUAAGCAUGGAUGUUAAGGUCUUGUGUAGCAUCCAAAGUCGACUUUUUCCGUGUACUCUAGAUGCAAUGGCAUUACUGAAUACGAAAAGGUAGAAAGCUUACAACACAGUUGCAUACGACCCGUAUGUACUACACAUUUGCUGGUAAUAACAUAUCUGAUAAUCCCGGCUGUAUGCUCCUUCAGGAGCUUUGCAACAGCGAAAUCGUUGAGCUUCUGUAUAACUUCCAGAUUUCAUUACAUUGCUCAGCUGUCAUCAAGGAGCAUUUUGCAAGAGUAUGUGUGCGCUGCACAAGUGCUUUGGCGCACAUAAAUAAGGCAACCUGUUGAACUAGUUCAUGUGCACCUUGCCAGCACCUGCAACAUGGAACCUAAUUGUGGCACGUUUCCAAAUAUAGAAAAAUCAAUAACUAUAACAAUAGAAAUGAUAAAAAGGGAACCCUUGCUCCAGGAGCUCUUAACGUAUGCGCUGUGUUGUUCAUCAAUGAGUACAAAGCAGAAGUGCUACAGUUGGCUUUUAUACUGCCAUAUACUGCUUCGCCUUCAAUCCAUGCACCAAUUUUUACCUGCACAGUUUAGGGUUGUUCCAAAUGAACCUUUACUUGCACAAGUUCUAUGCACACAUGACCACUUUUGCAACCACCUGAUGCUUCUCCCAACCUUAGUGUUUUCUCUCUUUAAUACUAUAGGCUCAGUAUCAAAAUUGUUGCUGAUAUUUAUCCAUUUCCAAUGCUUUCUCAGGGCAGAGUAUAUUGAACAAAUUUUUUUUUUGCACAAUAAUUUGUGUGAAUAAAGAGCAGCUUGUUUGUAGAACGUAGCUUGAAUUACAUGUAAAAAUAAAAAAAAGAAUGCAUAGGUUUUUCUUUAUGCUGUCUGAAGCUUGGCAGUGUUGUUUGCCUUUGUUGAGUUUGAGUGAUAAGAGUUGAACAUUUAGUGUGUUGCGAACUGUGUGUAUUCCGGGUGCUAUGUAUAAUGCAAGAGACAUCUGAAAGCUUUCAUUUCUAAUUGUGUGUGUGUUUUUGUAAAUAUGUGUACAUACUACGCAUUGAAGGGGAAAGGUCAAGAAAGAAAUGGACUGUGGGAAGUGUGUUAAAAAGAGUUGCACUUGAUUUGGUACAUGCAUUGACAAUGUCGCUGAAAGAUGUACGGAUGAGAACAAAGCGCAUUGUUGCUGUGAACAAUGCUAACUUAUGCAUGGGGGAGCAAAUAUCUUGGCUAUUUUCCAGUUGCAUGAGGUAGGCACUAAAAAUUUAGCAGUCAAAGCUACAUGCUGCUUUGUUGGUUGUGAAAAAAAAGAUGCAGCAGAGUUCUCUAAAGUGUAAAUAAAGGCGUGCAAAUUUUACAUGUGUAUCACGGGUGAGAACAAUCAUUGCAAUGUAAUGUGCAUAAAGUAAAUAAACCACAUUGCGGAGUGA